UCCUCCUCGAAAUGACGCUCUUGGCAGUGACUCCUUCGGCUUCGGCUUGUUGUCUAUAUAUCGCGCAGUCAGUCAAUCGGUAACCCUCGGACGGGUUUCGCGGUGCGCUGUGCGCUGUGCAAUCGAUCGAUCGAUUUCGGUGUUCUUCUAGCGCAGCCUAACCAGUCAGGCGACGAUCAGGCGAAAAUGUCCAACGAUUUGCCCGAGCUGCCCACCAGCAGUAAUCUUGGCAUCCCGCGGAUACAGAUUAGACGAACAUCGAGCGAUACGCAACUGGACAAAGUCCAGAUCAAAUCGGCCUCCGUCUACAACAUACACGGUCUCAGUGGUUCGCAGCACUCGCUGAGUGUACCACCGAUCCACAAGGAUGUCAUCGGAUACCGUGGAAGCAACGAGUUCAUACUAACCGAUGACAAGCAGUCGACGAUGGAUCAGAUCAAAGCGAUUGGACCCUGGUUCCGGCGUAAAUGCAAGAACGUAUGCCGCAGAAAGAUACUGUACAAGCGCGUUCCGGUCCUCAACUGGCUGCCAAAGUACUCGGCGGAUGAUGCGGUCGGUGAUCUGGUGGCCGGUAUUACCGUUGGAUUGACCGUCAUCCCACAGGCCCUUGCCUACAGUAGCAUCGCGGGACUACCGGCAGCGUACGGUCUUUACGGUUCGUUCGUUGGUUGCUUCGUUUACAUCCUGCUCGGUUCGUGUAAGGAUGUCCCGAUGGGACCUACGGCAAUCGCCUCGCUCCUCACCUUCCAGGCCUGUGACGGUAUCUGGCAGCGAGCCGUACUACUCUCCUUCCUGACCGGUCUCAUCGAGCUACUGAUGGGUCUGUUUGGACUUGGUUUUCUCAUCGAUUUCGUCUCCGGACCGGUCAGCUCCGGGUUUACCUCGGCCGUCUCGCUCAUCAUCCUCAGCUCACAGGUGAAGGAUCUGCUUGGUAUCACCGCCAAGGGUAACACCUUCAUCGAGCAGUGGUCCUCGAUCAUCGACAACAUCCACAACACGCAGCUCGGCGAUGCACUGAUGGGUUUCAUCUGUAUCGUCGUGUUGCUGCUGAUGCGGCUACUGCCACGGAUCAAGGUCGGUCCACCGGAUACGUGCAAUCAGUCGGUGGUCCAGCGGAUCAUCAACAAAUCGCUGUGGCUCAUCGGAACGGCUCGCAAUGCCAUCAUCGUGGUGGUGUGCGGUGGUAUUGGGGCGGCGUUUUACGAGAACGGCAAGCAACCGUUCCGUAUGAUCGGUGAGGUACCAACGGGACUGCCCAGUGUGCAAGCGCCACCAUUCUCCGUGCCCGAGAUCGUCGAUGGCAAUGGUACGGUGGCGCAAGAGUACGAGAGCUUCGGUGAUAUGUUAUCGAACUUGGGCUCGAUGCUGAUCGUAAUCCCGCUGAUUGCGCUCCUCGAGAACAUUGCCAUCUGUAAGGCUUUCGCUGAUGGAAAGCCAGUCGAUGCCACUCAGGAGCUAAUCGCCAUCGGUGUGUCCAACAUUGCCAACUCCUUCGUCCAGGGCUAUCCCGGUACGGGAGCGCUAUCGCGUGGUGCCGUCAACAAUGCUAGCGGUGUGAGGACACCGUUCGGUGGACUGUACACCGGUAUCCUCGUCAUCCUGGCACUGCUCUUCUUCACGCCCUACUUCUUCUAUAUCCCACGGGCGGCCCUCGCUGCCAUCAUUAUUGCGGCCGUCAUCUUUAUGAUUGAGGUGCGCGUCGUGAAACCGAUGUGGCGAAGCAAGAAGACCGAUCUCAUCCCUGGUAUUGCGACGUUCGUUGCCUGCCUGGCCCUACCACUAGAGUAUGGCAUUCUAGUGGGCAUUGGGUUGAAUAUUUUGUUCAUCCUGUACCACGCUGCUCGACCCAAGAUCCACAUGGAUCAAGCGGUGACACCGUGCGGUGUCAAGUACCUGAUGCUAACGCCCGAUCGCUGCCUGAUCUUCCCUUCGGUCGACUACGUGCGCAAUCUGAUCAACAAGCACGGCCUCAAGAGUCAGAUCCCGGUCGUGAUCGACUGUACGCACAUCUACGGUGCGGACUUUACCGCGGCCCAGGUCAUCGAUACGCUGAUCAAGGAUUUCAAGAGCCGCAACCAGCUGCUUCUGUUCCUGAACCUUAAACCCUCGGUCGGUAACGUGUUCGAGGGAGCGGAUCUCGAGUAUCGGGUAUUCUACGAUUUCGAGCAGCUCGACAAAGCGAUUCGCGAGUGCCGCCGGAAGAGCAUCCAGGCGGCAUGAGGAGCAUGAGGCCAGCAUGAGUGGCCCUAUUCCUUCUCAGCACGUUCUCCUCGGUCAACCAUGUGACACUAUCAAGUAAAAGACACAAGUGAUCUGUACAUUUUUAGUAGCCCUUAAAGACAAGCCAUACACACACACACACACGAACAUGUUUAGCGUAGUGCAAUGCGGUGCACGUCCUUAUAGGUGCGUUUCCACCAACCACCCUUCCUAGGUUCCUACUACUACUACUACUACUACUGCUCCCCGUUCCCGGUUGUGACGUGAAACUGGCGAAAGACAUCCUAGUACUUAAUAAGAUCUCUUCGAUAAACGAAGUUAAAAGAGCUUCAAUAAACAAACACACACUUAUAUAACGAUUGAAACCAACCAUCUCGCGUACCAUACUUACAC